AAACAGCGAUGAAUAAGGUUAAACGGCUUAGAAAUGUUUAAAUGAUUGGAUUUUAUUGAAGGGAUAGCUCUCUGAAAUGAAUCAUCUCAUUAUCAAGGGGCUCAUUACUGCAGAGCUUAUAUUACCAGUAAAGUUCAAACUGAGACUCCUGAGGUAAGUUAGCUUCAGUUGUCUGAAGGUAGAAAUGAGCCUGAGGAAACCAACACUGUUUGUUGUGCUGAUGAGCCCAUUUGAACAGCUUCGUCAGCAGAUGGAUGAUGUUUUAGGAGAUGGAGGGAUCCUAAAGGAGGUGGUCCAGCCUGGAGAGGGUCCUCCUGUUCCUCAAAAUGCUUCAGUACUGAUCCAUUACUCAGGUUUCUUGGAGUAUUCAGACCGUCCUUUUGAAACGACAACACACCUAAAGUACCCCCAGAUGAUGAAGUUAGGGAGAGAUUUGACACUGGCUGGACUGGAGCUGGGUUUGUUGACGAUGAAGAAAGGGGAGUUCUCUCGUUUCCUCUUCCAGCCACAAUACGCAUACGGGGACAUGGGCUGUCCUCCGUUCAUUCCAUCCUCUGCAACGGUUUUGUACGAGGUUCAUAUCCUCGAUUUUCUUGACUCAGGACAAGCGGAUGACUUCAUUGCAAUGGUUCCAGAGGAGCAGAAUACUGCACCUCUGUCCACUCUUCUUGAAGUUGUCAACACUGUGCGCAGUUUUGGCAACCGCUUCUUCAAACAGAGCCGAUAUGAAAAUGCCAAAGACCGCUAUAAACAGGGAAUGACGCUGCUGGGGAACCGGGAAGCCCAGAGCGAUGACGAGAAGGAGAAGAUAAAUCAAGCACUGCUUCCUCUCUAUCUUAACCUUUCUCUCACUGAGCUGCGCUUGGACAACCCACACAAAGCCCUGAAAUAUGCCAACAAGGCCUUGGAGAUAGACUUCAACAACACAAAGGCUCUGUUUCGGUGUGGACAGGCGUAUCUGGAGCUACACGAGUACGAGAGCGCACAGGAUUGCCUCAUAACUGCACAGGCAAAGAAACCUUUUGACAGUGAUAUUAACGACCUGCUGAGGAGGGUGGCAACGUGCUACAAAGAGAGCCUGGACAAACAGAAGGACUUGUACUCAAAAAUGUUCAGACACUUGAGGAGCAAGUGAAGCAGCAGAAAUGAGUGAAAAGAUAAAGGAGCAGAGAGUGUGUCUCAGACAGUUUAACCCUUUGUGUUUUUUCAGUGCUAGAAAAGGAAUAAUGUAAAAAAUGUUUACAAUUUAAAACAGAUUGAGUUAUUUAAAUGCAAGAAUGUUCAUGUUUUUGGUAACAAUAACACUAAGAUGUUUUGUUUAUUUGUUUGGAGAUAUAUUUUGAUGAACAGUGUUGGAUAUUUGCACAGUUUGUGGUAAUUAAAAAGUGCA